AUGGGUAAAGGAACGGACAAACUCUACAUCACGCACUCCGAGUGGGCAUCGGAGGAUGCAUUCUCUGCCAGCGCAGGCGCUGGGGUCGCCAAAGCCCGCCAGAGUGGCUCCCAUGCGACGUUCAAGCGAUUACCAUUUAACUUCUGCUCUCUCUCCCUACAACCUUUCUCGCACCCUGUGUGCACGCAGUCCGGAACCAUCUUCGACCUCACCAACAUCCUGCCGUGGAUCAAGAAGCACGGGACGAAUCCAGUCGACGGAUCGCCGUUGAAGAGUUCAGAUCUGAUCAAGCUCACCAUCGCCAAGAAUGAGGACGGCGAGUAUGUCGACCCGGUGACAUACAAGGUUUUGACGGAUAAUACUCACAUUGUCGCGCUACGAAAUACUGGCAAUGUGUUCGCUUGGGAUACUGUGGAGCGACUGAAUAUCAAGGGGAAGAUGUGGCGCGACCUCGUCACCGACCAAGAGUUCACCCGCAAGGACAUCAUUACUCUACAGGAUCCACAAAAUAUCCAGUCACGAAAUCUCAGUUCGUUCAAAUAUCUGGAACAAGGCCACACGGACAUCCCAGGGCAGAGCCAGCCCUCAGGGACGGUUAAUACGGAUGCAUUGGGAAGCUCGGCAAAAAUCCUGAAAGCAAAAGAGGCAGUGGCAAAGGCGCGCGCCGAACGUGCCCAGCAGCAGGCUGGUUCCGCUGCUUCCAAGGCAGGCUCAAAACUCGGAGCUCUGGGAUUGAAUGCGACGAAGCCGGGAAGUUCUCAGUCGAGCAAGCCUACCCCGUACAAUGCAGCCCGCUUUACGACCGGCAAAGCCGCUGCCUCCUUCACAAGUACCGGACUAACACCUCAUACUUCCGCUGAAUUGGCGUUGCUCUCGGAGGAAGAAUAUAUGCUGAAGCGGGGUCGUAUCAAGGCCAAAGGCUACGCCCGCAUUGAUACGACUGCUGGGCAUUUGAACGUGGAGUUAUAUCCGGAGUAUGCCCCCAAAGCUGUUUGGAAUUUCAUCCAGCUCGCCAAAAAAGGGUACUAUAAAGAUGUCGUUUUCCACCGGAACAUCAAGGGCUUUAUGAUCCAAGGUGGUGACCCCACCGGUACUGGUCGGGGUGGUGAGAGUAUUUGGGGCAAAUAUUUUGCCGAUGAAUUUGAAGGGCCGUUGAAGCAUGAUGGACGAGGUACACUCAGCAUGGCCAACAAAGGCAAGAAUACAAACAGCAGUCAAUUCUUCUUUGCAUAUCGCGCCCUUCCCCAUCUGGACCGAAAGCACACUGUCUUUGGGCGACUGAUCGACGAUCCCUCGCCCUCAUCCACGACCCUCAAUGCCCUUGAAAUACACCCGGUCGAAGCAAAUACCAAUCGACCUGUCCCCGAGGUUCGAAUCAAAGAGGUAACUGUCUUUGUUGACCCGUUUGAAGAUUUCCUCACCCAGAAGCGCGCCGAAGGAGCGACCGAAACGGGCGGUGGAGAUGCUGCCAGGGAUGAGGUCGAACAUCAAGUGGAUGAUGAUCGUGUCACCUGGACUGGCAAACGUGUUCGUAGUGCAGGGACAGGUCCGUCCCCCGAAGGUUCCGGUGGCGUUGGCAAAUAUUUGAAAGCUGCGCUUGCCGAGCGCAUUCAGGAGGAAGAUGAAAUUGUGGAAUAUGUGGAUGAUGAGCCUGAGCCUGAACCCGUGCGCAAAAAAGCAAAGGGGACAGGUGGCUUUGGUGACUUCAGUUCGUGGUAA